GUCACCCGCGAGGGAAAGCUCCACCUUCGGGCUGCCCCGGAGGCGGCGUGCCCGCUGGAGGCGCUCACAGGACGGCGUGAUCCCGGAGCGAGCGCGUGCUCAGCCGUCGUCCUCCUUCCGCCUUCGCUCCACACGACGUGACUUUUUUGUUUGUUUUUCCGCACCCGGUGUGAGACUUGAGUGAGAGCCGGAGAGGAGGACAGAUGGAGCGGGCGGACGGGAUGGCCAGCAGCGGCGGCGGCGGCGCCGACUCGCUCCGGGCGUCCGCCUUCAUCCCGGUGUGCACCGCCGCCUGCCUCCUGGUGGGCUCCACCUCGCUCUUCUUCGUCUUCACGUGCCCGUGGGUGGCGUCGACCAUCUGCCCCGCCGUGCCGCCGUGCUGCGCCGUCCUUUUCCUUUUCGUGCUGGCCAACUUCACCAUGGCGACGUUCACGGACGCCGGCGUUCUCCCGACGGCCGACGACGACGAGGACAAGGACGACGAGUUCCGGGCGCCGCUUUACAAGAACGUGGACGUGAGAGGCGUCCAGGUGCGGAUGAAGUGGUGCGCCUCCUGCCACUUCUACAGGCCGCCGCGGUGCUCGCACUGCAGCGUGUGCGAUCGCUGCGUGGAGGAUUUUGACCACCACUGCCCGUGGGUGAACAACUGCAUCGGGCGGCGCAACUACCGCUACUUCUUCCUCUUCCUGUUGUCCCUGAGCGGUCACAUGGUUUGCGUGCUGGGCCUGGGUCUCCUCUUCGUCCUGCACCACUCGGACCAGCUGUGGAGGCUCCACAGCGCCGUCACUUUGGUCGUGAUCGGCAUAUCGGGCCUGUUUCUCCUUCCGGUUCUGGGCCUGACGGGCUUCCACCUGUUCCUGGUGUCCCGGGGACGCACCACCAACGAGCAAGUCACCGGGAAGUUUCAGGGAGGGGUCAAUCCCUACACGCGCGGCUGCUGUAACAAUCUGGAGUACCUGGUGUGCAGUCCCUUCUCGCCCAGGUACUCGGCAAGACCUCGCAAGAAGUCCGUGAUCCACAUCCGGCCUCCCUUCCUGAGACCGGAGCCCGACAGGCAGCCGUCGGUCAAAGUGAGCGACAACGGCAAACACAGCCGAGCCUCCGCCGGACCGGAACCGCAGAAAAGCCCGCCCCCGUUGCCGCCCAAACCGGACCGGGGGCUGUUGAAGAGUCACCUGGCGGCCAUGGAAGAUAUGGGCCACCACGCCAAAUGCAUCAUCCCGGUCUCCAUUCCCACGGUUCCGCAGCUGCGACCCGUCCUGGAGGCCAUAUCCCGAGGAUCGUCACCCAUUCCUCCGGAGCAGCUACUGAAGACCUGCGAGCCACCGGGGGACAGCAAAAGUCCGGACCUCCGCUUGGAGACCAACGGGAGCCCCUCGAGGGCAGCGUUGCCCCCCUCGCUGUCCCCCUUGCAGGCUGCCACCCUGACGCUCAGCUCGCGUUCCCUCAGCCUCAAACACGGCGGGCGCCACGUGAGCGCCAAGUCGCAGGGCAACCACGGCGGGGGCAGCUCCUACGACACCCUCGUUGCCACCGCCGACCCCCAGUGUCGCCCCCACCGAGGGCCUCCCCCGGUGGGCUACUUCAUGAGCCUGGGUCCGGACGCGGGCGCGGCACAGCGCGGCCCUCACGCCUACAGCCCCGUCUUCGUGGGCGUCGCCCGUCAUUCCCCUCAGCCCAGAGACCCGUCGCCUUCGCCGCAAGGUCUCCCUUCACGGGACCCCUCGUCGCCGUCCUUCCUCGGGUUCAUCCAAAGGGAACCCUUGGCCUCCCUCCAGGACCUCCUGUCCAGGGAGCUCAGCCCGGCCCAAAGCCUCCGAGACGGCCCGCGGGACGCGAGUUUGACUCCUCCCGGCGCGUCGACCCGCUUCGACGGCCUCCCCAAAGCUCUCGCGGCUUCCGUUCACGAGCGGCGCGAGAUGGAGGAGACGGAGCGGACGCUGCGCCUCCACGCCCGAUCCCAAGCGCUGUACGGCCCGGACGCCUGCGUCUACGACAUUCCCUGCCGGCGGAGUCUGCCGCCGGACCCCGGCCGACCGCAGGGGAUCCGGGGUCCCACCCCGCCGGCCUACGGCUCCCGGGAGUUUCUGAUGAGCACGGGCGUCUUGGGGUACGGCCCCAGGACGUCGCCCCUCUCCAGCUCGUCGCUCGCCCGGGGCCUCAAACCCCGUUCCUCCUCGCCAGGGUACUGCCAAUCCGAGAGGCCCCCCGUCCCCCCGUCUACAUGCACUCUGCCCCGUUUGCCCUCCUGCUCCACAGCUUCCUCCACCCCCCCUUACGCACUCUACGGGACGACCCAACGCUCCUCACUCAAGGACUCGUGAGUACCUAGUCCCCGCACUCUGCUGUGAAGGACAGCGAUGCCUUGACUGGGACCUUUAAUUCGCUCUGCGACCGCUUUCGUCACUCAAAUCUCUUUGAAAGCAAGUUUACUCAUUGAAAUGAAUGUAAACGCCGAUAAUCCGUUCUAGCCCCAUCAAAAAAACGUUCAAAUUUGUUCAACUUUUCCACAAUUCUCAGAGAGACGUUGGCACCCCGAGGCUGGCUUUUAUCUACUCCUUCUUUUGUACAUGUACUACCCUUAAAGGUAAAACUCCAACGCGCAAAUACUACUGCACAGUCAAACCAGUUUCUUUACAUCAAGGGUGUCAAACCCAUUUUUCUCACGGGCCACAUUGUAGUUCCGGUUUCCCUCAGAGGGGCGUUAUGACUGUGAAACAACACAAAUACUUCGUCAAUUUAUGAUCUACUUUUUGGAAUCUGAAAUCAAGGGUAACGUGUUUUUCCACUAAUCAUGUUUGGUAACACAAAAAAUGCUUGGGGUAUCUCAACUUUAUCAUUUAUGAUUCGUGACAUUUUUAAAUAUUUCUACACAUUUUUACAAGAACAAUUGAAAUCGACCCUCUAGAUUUGACUUCGCGGGCCGCAUAAAAUCAUGCGGCGGGCCCCCGGGCCAUGAGUUUGACACCUUUCCUUGACAUAUUUAUGUUUUUAUAUAUUGCUUUAAAGAAAAAACUACAUGUAAAUACGUGGGGCUGGAAUUUGUCAUAAGAAUUUUAAUUCAUUUCGGGCCACAUAAAAUCAUGUGGUGGGCCAGAUCUGGCCCCCGGGCCUUGAGUUUGACACCUGUGCUUUACAUAUUCAUGUUUUUAUACAUUGCAUUAAAAAAAAAUACGUGGGGCUGGAAUUUGUCAUUAGAUUUUUAAUUAAUUUAAAAACAUUUAUUUUAUAAACAAGUAAAUUCAUUUCGGCGCUUGGCCACAGAGUAAAUUAAAGUCGGACGUUGCGGCAUCAAAAAAUUCCUUUCGCUAUCAAUGACUCACUCGAGCAGUUUUUGCGUGUAUUUGGGACUACCCCGUGUGUGUGUAUUUAUGUAUUUGAGGAAAGAAUAUAUGAUCAAAUGUCAUUUUGCGUGUAAAAAGGUGAUCCUUCACCGAGUGCACCCCGUAAAUCUGAAUACAGACAGAAACCAAUCUUUUUUUUAAAUGUGUUUUGAUAUUGCUUUUUUUUGUCAUCGUCUCCCGAGUCAUACAAUUUGAUAG